AUGACGUUAAGCCCUUUUCCAUCCACUCCCAAUCCCAAUCCCCUCCUCUACUGCUCCCCUCCCUGCUCCGUCGCCCUCUCCCCUCUCCACUACUCCUCUUCCGAGCGCUACCUCCCUUCCUCCGCCCAAUCCUCCCACCUUCGCGCUGCCCUUCGCCUCCUACGCUCCCGUCGCCCCUCCCCCUCCCCCUCCGCCCGCCUCGCCGGCCUACUCUCCAACCGCCGCAUUCUCACCUCUCAUCAAAAACCUCCCCUCUCUGAUGGUGACGACGACGACGACGUUACGGAGAGGAUCAGGCUCGGUGCCGGUGCCAUGGCUGAAGCCAUGUCCAAGCAACGCGCCGUCCCGAACGACGACGCCGUUUUGGAGGAAGCUACGGUUGCGUUAUGCGCGGUUCUAACGAACGCCGUGGAGGUGCACGAUAACGAAGGCCGCGCCCUCGGAAUCGCGGUUUACGAUACUACCUUCUCUUGGAUCAACCACAGCUGUUCCCCCAACGCAUGCUACCGUUUCCUCCUCUCUUCUUCUUCCUCUUCUCAUUCCGAAGAACCCCAUCUUCGCAUUGCCCCACACCCACAACAAAUGGGCAGUAGUGGGGUUUGUGUUAGCAGUAAUGAAUAUGCAAAAGGUUGUCAUUGUUGUUUGCUUCAUUGUUUAAUACGUUUACCCUUUGAAAAAUUGAAAACUAAUGAAUGCGAUUUUGUGCAAGAUAACGUAGAGGUUCUUGGUUAUGGCCCUAGAUUGGUUGUGAGGAGUAUCAAGAAAAUUAAAAAGGGAGAAGAGGUCACUGUAGCCUAUACGGACAUCUUGCAGCCUAAGGCAAUGAGACAGUGGGAGCUAUGGUCAAAGUAUAGGUUUAUUUGUUGUUGCGAACGAUGUAGUGCUCUGCCUUUAUCAUAUGCCGAUUAUGCAUUGCAAGAAAUCUCUGUUUUCAGUUGUGAUUCAACGGGUUCAUAUUCCAAGUUCCUGAAAGACAUGGCUGAUAGAAGAUUGACUGAGUGCAUUGAUGAUGUCAUAUCAGAGUAUCUUUCAGUUGGUGAUCCUGAGUCUUGUUGUGACAAGCUUGAGAAGAUACUCAUGCAAGGCCUGAAUGAGCAGUUAGAAGACAUUAACGGAAAAUCAGAUUAUAAAUUCACGCUGCAUCCCCUAAAUCAUCAUUCUUUAAAAGCAUACACAGCACUGGCUUCAGCAUAUAAAGUUUGUGCUAGUGAUUUAUUGUCUUAUGAUUCUGAAAUAGAUAUAAACAGGUUCAAGGGUUUUGACAUGAGCAGGAUCGGUGCUGCAUAUUCUCUGUUACUUGCAGGUGCAACCCAUCAUCUCUUCAAUUCUGAAUCCUCACUGAUUGCAUCUGUUGCAAAUUUUUGGAUAGGAGCUGGUGAAUCUUUGUUAUCUCUAAUCAGAAGCUCUGGAUGGAGUAAGUGUUUUAAUUUGGGUCUGAUUGUUCCAAACCUUAAUUCAGCCAUUAAGUUCAAAUGGUCGAAGUGUUCAUUAAUUGAUAGGAUUAGAGCCUGUAUAUCAAAUGGCCAAAUUAACAGUGCAGAUUUUGAGAAUGUAUCAAAUGAAUUUCUUUGUUGUGUCUCAGAUAUUACACAGAAAGUUUGGGGUUUCCUUAUCUCUGAUUGCCAUUUUUUGAGAUCAUGUCAAGAUCCUAUCAAUUUCAGUUGGCUCAAGUCUACCAAAAAUUCCAGUACUAUGCAUGUUGAGGGUUGUGUUAAAAAUAGUUACAAAACUGACAUGUGUUACACCCAUGAACCUGAAAACAGCAUCUAUAUUUGUGAAGAAUCAACCUGCACUGAUGGUGUAGAAUGUGUUUUACAGCUUGGUGUACACUGCUUAGCUUAUGGGGGAUUGUUGGGCAGUAUUUGUUAUGGUCCCCAUUCCCAUGAGGUUUGUCGUGUUCAAAUUGUUCUAGACCGUGAAGAGAAUUUUGUAUUAUAUUCUCAUGAAGAAUCUUAA